AUGCUGUCAUUGUGUAUUUUGCCAAAGUUCACAGGGGAAAAGUUUGGACAGGUAGAGAAGACUGAGCUGGAUGCCCAUUUUGAGAGUCUGCUCAGCCGUGCUGAUUCCACUAAAAACUGGACAGAGAAAAUCUUCAGGCAGACAGAGUGUCUGCUGCAGCCCAACCCAAGUAAGGCCCGGCAUACACACUGAACUCCCACCCCUACUUAAUGCAAACACACACACAUAUACACAGGAUAGAAGGACCAAAAACACAUUAGAUUAAAACUGUAAAAAAAAAAACGUUUUAUGUGAAACAUGGUGGUUACAUGGUGAUAGAGAGCAGGGAGCUCUAACCUGUGACUUUCUGAUUUUCCAUGCUACAGUUGACCACACUGGUGAGUAUCCCUCCCUCCCAUAGUGCCCUGUUGUGGAAUCUUUUCAUCCGUAUGGUCUGUAGUGCAGCUCUAUGCAGUAUUGGGCAUUUUCAAGCACCAGUCUGUUCUAACACUUGGUCUGUGGGUAUGAAAACCUGUUGAUUAUCCUCUAUGGCAAGCGGUAGCCUACUUAUUAGUGAGCAGCUCAACAGCUGUGUCAGCUGUAACAUGCAGCAAUUCAUUCCUCAGAAACAUGCAUUUACCAUGUUUGGGAUAAAUAUGUUAGUCUCUCUACAAAGGCAUUAUCUGAGUGAAAUAACAUUUAUCUCCACAACGACUUCAUUCUACACCUCGUUCCCACCAUGUUGAAUUACAAUACUGUACAUUCUCAUUUUGGCCAUUUUCUUACUUUGCUUUGGCAUUCUUCUCUCCCACCAAUUUCCAUUCUCAGACUAGGUUUCAUAGUGUCCAUCAGUGACAACUGUUUUUUGCCAGGCCUCUCUUGAAGCAUGCCCCCUCUUUCUAUCUGCAGGUGCCAGGAUUGAGGAGUUCCUGUAUGAGAAGCUUGACAGAACGGUUCCCUCCAGACCAAAUAAUGGAGAACUACUGGGUCAUUACAUGCAGGAUGCGGCAAAAGAUUUUGGACCUGGAACUCCAUAUGGUGUGUGACUCAGGCUUUGUGUACACUUAUUCUUCCCAGGUGGUCUAAAUCUGGUUUGUUUGAGCGGAUUGGCCAGUGAUCAUUUCAUUUUUGAGAGAGGAAGCCGACACCGUGCCUUGGGCCCCAUUCAAAUCCAUUAAUACAAUUUUCUGGAAAGUGCGUUUACACACUUACCCAAUACAUCUUCACUCUGUGACCUCACCCUUAUGCAUGCUAUAAGAAAAGCUCAAACCAUUUGUGGUAUAUCCCUGUGAGAAAAGAUCUCCAUAGUUGAUACAGGAUAUUGAUUUUAGAUUACAUUAGAAGUCAGUCACAGGUUGCAGGUGUAAUUACAGGGUACAGUGAAAAUCUUAAGCUCUGAGCUCCAACAUAUGGUAUUUUUCCAAUAGUUUGUAGUGUAUAACUCUUUCGAAAGCCUUUGUUUAUACUGAUGAUUUCACCGUAAGGUGAGUGAGCAGUGAGAUUGGUGAUGAUAGCUGUUGUGAGCGUUAGUGAAUUGGUCUCCUCCCACCCCUUCACUUCCCUGCCCUCCAGGCUGUCUCAUGUCUGUCAGGCCAAUAAAUCGGCCUCUCUCCUUCACUGUCCUGAGGAUCAAUAGUUCUCUCUCUCUCACUCUCUCUCUCUUCUAUGUGGAUGUUGUUGAGAGCUGCAGGCUUGGCUCUGAUGCGCAGAAUGUUUAUGCAGAAAUUAGUUUAUUAGGUGUUGUGGAAAAUAACCACUAUACUGUAUUACAAAUAAGGUCUUACAUAGUUUUUGUUGCAUCAAGAAAUGACUUUAUUAAAGUUUCAACAAAGCCGAUACCAGUCUGCAGAGUGGCACCCCGUUCUCUCUCCCUUACAUCACAUUAUAUACCAUCAUCCCCAACUCUUCUAGCUCUAAAUCCCUCCCUCUUCAGUUUCCCGCUCUUUAUCACUCCACGCCCACUUCCUUUGUCUCUGAGGGGGGCUAAACCUAACAUACACAAACCUCACCCCAUCAUGCUGUAAUCAAUCAAGAAGAUACCAAGGAGACCAAGGUCUAGCCCAAACUCCAUUCAACCCUGGUGCCACUCCCUUCACUGUGUUUGACGAGAGAGACAAGUUUCAGUCUCUCAUCAGAUAAGACAGCCAUGGAUUUAAGUAAGAGCAAGCAAUUUGACCCUAGGGCAGAUUCCCUCUCUACUCACCCACACAGUGAAAUUAUGACCCAAUACAAUUCCUGGCCCAGUAACAAAGAAUUCUAACUUUAUGCUCUUGAUUAACCCAGUUCUACCUCAUAGUCCAUUAAACUCUACAGUUCAUUACUAAUAAUUCACCACAUAGGCUGCCUGUCUGUGGUGCUUUUCUCCUUCAGUUGAAGAAAUGUAACUCAGUCACAGAGACCUGAGUACUGGGCCAUGUACAGUUUCAUUUAGAGCUCUGCAGUACUGCUGCUUAGCAAGGAUUUGAUUUAUAAAUUAAUUCCAUUAUUUUAGAAUGAUUUUAAAUCAUUUGUUUUCUAAUUAAUUAAUUUGUACAUCAUGUCACAAAGCAGACAGCUGUGUGGAGCAGUGGAAACCCCUGUGGAAACCCCUUAUUGGCAUACAGAUCAAUACAUCACUCAUCAAUCCCAUUCUCUCCUCUCCUGCAAUAGUAACUAGAUGGGCACUGAGCUGCUCUAAUCAGGUCGUUAGUGGCCUGUUUCUCAGUUGUGGGUUUUAGUGAUGCAACCUUCUGUGUGUGGGUGUAGUAGUGGCUCCUCAAAGCAAUGACGUGUAGAAAAACAAUUAUAGUUCCUCAGUAUAAGAAUGCAGUCUGUCCAUGUUUUCCAACAAAUAACCUACACAGAUAUUCAUACUUCAAAUUACACAAGUAGUAGGCCUGUUUGAUGCUAUUAUCCUUGCUAUGUGGUAUUCAGCAGGUAUCCCUGUACUCCUUUAGUCUGUUUUACAUCUGAGGAAACCACAACGUUCAAAGGGGGAAUUUGAGUUUCUGCUUUUUUUGAUAGGUCAUGUCAAGAAUGUUGCUACUCUGGAGGUUCCCUCUCUGUUUCCUUCCCACUUUCACAGGUAUUAAGUAGUUGGGCAUGUAAAAGACACAGAAACGAAACUUAAGAACAGGAAGCAUAGAAAUAGCGCACAUUGAACAGAUCUACCGCUUCUUAGACUUGUUUUCAAUGAGAAUGACAGAUCUAUUACACACAUUUCUAUGUGAAUUUGGGUGACCCAAAAAGUUGCAUAUUGCAGCUUUAAUGUUUGAGAUCCUAAACUGGUUGUGUUGCACUACCAAGUCCUAUUGGUCUCGACUUUGUCUAUCUGUAUUCCUCUGAUAAGUAUUAAGUCAUUUCUCUGAUAAGUAUUAAGUCAUUCCUAAGUAAUAAGUCAGACACUUAGACCUAUAUUUCACAUAUUGUGUGUGGGUUCAUCAUAUGCUCAUUGUGUGUGUGUGUGUGUGUGUGUGUGUGUGUGCUAUAGGUAACACCCUGAUCAAGGUAGGCGACUGUGAGAGGAGACUAGGCGGUGCACAGAGAGAGUUCCUACAGACCUCCGCUAUCAGCUUCCUUGCCCCACUCAGGAACUUUCUGGAAGGAGACUGGAGGACCAUCUCAGUGAGUCUGGCUUUCUGGCCUCAGAGGGACAUCUUGGGAUUGCAUGCAGACCAGUGUAUAGACCAGGAUUGAAUACAAUGCUAAUCAACACCUUGGGAUUUACUUUACUACUUAUUACUGUAUGGAUGUAGCAGGACUUAAGGGCCUAGCCAAGUUAAACAUAGCCUGUAUGUGUGGGGUUAUGCCGUGCAGAGAGUUGCUGAUCUUCUCCUCCCUGUCUCAGAAAGAGAGGCGUCUCCUGGAGAACCGCAGACUGGACCUGGACUCCUGUAAAGCACGGCUGAAGAAAGCCAAACUAGCAGAGUCCAAGGCCGCGGUGAGUCCCCCCUCUACCCCCUGCCCUCCACCUCUCCCUGUGCCCCUUCAGCUGCAUCAUGUAACCAGCCUCCAGUUCAGCGUGAACUGCUACUGCUAACUAACAUCUUUCUCUGUUCUAAUUAUGUUCACAGUGUGAGGGAGAAGUGAGUAUUAGUGUAAAAUAUUGUCCACUUUAGUUCUUUAUUUUCCCUUUUUCUUUCUGACAUGCUCAUUGCCACCAUGAAAUCCAGUUGAAUCCAUGUUUGUUUUCCAAGCAUUGCUCAAUGAGAAGCCAAGAGAGGAAAAAAACAAAAACAGACUAGAGUUGUCUUGAAAGUGAAUGAAAUUAACUUGUGGCAUGGUACACUGGAGCAAACCCAUAUAUGACCCUAGAGUCAACAAAACUGAGUAGUACACAAAAGUAUUUGGAAAAUGCCUUUAAAUUGGACUAGUUUAUGGUUCCAAAGUGACAAACUGCAUCCAAUUUCCAAAUCUAUCCCCUCAUUAAAUCACAAAGGCCUAUUUGAGACCAGUAGUGAGAGGAGAGGCCCUGUCCCAUGUGAGUGCAGAUGACUGGGGUUGAGAGUCCUGAUUGCUAACAUGCUUGCGCUAUUAUACCAUGACCAGUGAAUGUCUAGCUUCACCUCACAUUCCCUGCUCCCACUCAGAGCAUUUGAAAUGUUUAGAUUUUUGGCUGAGUUUUUCCUUCAGCUCAAAGAUCUGAUUUGAUAAGCCAUUGUAUUAGCCAUUUGAGUAGUUGUUUUUCUGUAAUAACAUGAGUAAAUAAACAGAUAUACAGAGGAAAUACAUUUUCUUUCAGUUGUAGACUAAUAUCAAAUCAGAUAUUUGAAACCUGUAUGCAUGGUAAUUGCCACAUGAAGGCAUGCUAUUUUUGAAAUAUGUAUUUGUUUGUUUAGCCUACUUACACUAUAUAUACAAAAGUAUGUGGACACCCCUUCAAAUUAGUGGAUUUGGCUAUUUCAGCCACAACCGUUGCUGACACGUGUACAAAAUUGAGCACACAGCCAUGCAAUCUCCAUAGACAAACAUUGGCAGUAGAAUGGCCUUACUGAAGAGCUUAGUGGCACCGUUAUAGGGUGCCACCUUUACAACAAGUCAGCUCGUCAAAUUUCUGCCCUGCUAGAGCUGCCUCAGUCAACUGUAAGUGCUGUUAUUGUGAAGUGGAAUCUUCUAGGAGCAACAACAGCUCAGCCGCGAAGUGGUAGGCCACACAAGCUCACAGAACGGGACCGCUGAGUGUUGUAGCGCGUAAAAAUCGUCUGUCCUCUGUUUGCCACACUCACUACCGAGUUCCAAACUGCCUCUAGAAGCAACAUCAGCACAAGAACCGUUCGUCAGGAGCUUCAUGAAAUGAGUUUCCAUGGCCGAGCAGCCGCACACAAGCCUAAGAUCACCAUGCGCAAUGCCAACCAUCGGCUGGAGUGGUGUAAAGCUCACCGCCAUUAGACUCUAGAGCAGUGGAAAUGCGUUCUCUGGAGUGAUGAAUCACACUUCACCAUCUGGCAGUCCGACGGACGAAUCUGGGUUUGGCGGAUGUCAGGAGGACGCUACCAGCCCGACUGUAAAGUUUGGUGGAGGAGGAAUAAUGGUCUGGGGUUGUUUUUCAUUGUUCGGGCUAGGCCUCUUAGUUCCAGUGAAGGGAAAUCUUAACACUACAGAAUACAUUGACAUUCUAGACGAUUCUGUGCUUCCAACUUUGUGGCAACAGUUUGGGGAAGGCCCUUUCCUGUUUCAGCAUGACAAUGCCCCUGUGCACAAAGCGAGGUCCAUACAGAAAUGGUUUGUCGAGAUAGGUGUGGAAGAACUUCACUGGCCUGCACAGAGCCCGGACUUCAACCCCAUCAAAUACCUUUGGGAUGAAUUGAAACGCCGAAUGCGAGCCAGGCCUAAUCGCCCGACAUCAGUGCCCGACCUCACUAAUGCUCUUGUGGCUGAAUGGGACCAACUCCAUAUUAAUGCCCAUGAUUUUGGAAUGAGAUGUUCGACGAACAGGUGUCCACAUACUUUUGGUCAUGUAGUGUAUUUCUUUCCUGCAAAACAUUUGUCUUUUGAUACUUUAUUUACUUUGGGAUUUUCCACAUACUCAUACAUUUACAUAAAAUAUACAUUAAAGAUCAAACCAACAACUCAUCACCCAGAUAUAGCAUUCACAGUUCCAGUUCCUCUAUACUCCAUUAUAUUAUAGCUUAGCCUCUGUGAAGACAGGAACUAUUGUCCAGGUAUACUGAUGGUGAAUGACAUGAUGGUUGAAGGUUGGCUUCCUUUAUGGGCUAUGACACAUGACAGGCUGUGUACAGAUAAUGAUCUCACAUCCUGCUGUGUUUAUUUACACAUGCUGCAUAACCAUUAACAUUCUAGUCUAACGUGGCUUGGGACUCCCCAGGAGAUAUGCAGGUGUUGAAAGAUAUUUGGACCGGUCUCAGACUUGUCUCUGUAUAUCAGCAAGCAAAGAACAAAGGGUUUCGUUUUUGCUAUGUGUGCUUUCCUGUCACAUGACAUUCUUAAUUUUUUUGUUUUGUUUGUUGAUUUGUUUCUUUGGUUUGGUGCACACCAUACUGUAUGUGUAAACUCCUCUGCCAUGUCUGUAGGCUGUGCCUGAUUUUCAGGAGACCAGACCCAGGAAUUAUGUCCUCUCUGCCAGUGCAUCUGCGGUAAGGAGCUUAAACAGCCAGUCCACUCUACACUAACACUGUACAUGUAGCCUACUCUCACUGACCCUCAGUGUGCUCAUACCCUCGAGCAGCCUCUCCAUACACUCAGUGUACACAUGCGUCAUGUUGCAGGCAGAUAGAGACUACAGCCUACUGUUGAGAGUGCAGCUCCCCCUAGAGGUCCUAGAGCAGUGUUUCCCAAUCCUGGUCCUGGGGUUGCCUCGCGAGCCACCCUGAUCUAACAAGCUUUCAUGAAUUGUUCACUACACAGACAGAGAUCUGUGUAGCGAACCAUUCACGUAAACUCGCAAGAUAUUCUCUACACAGAUACAGAUAUGACAAAGUUGGCUCUUUUACAAUGGGGUCAUUGGAAAAUAAUGUUUGUUUUCCCCUAUUUGUGGGCGUGGUCCUUCUUAUGACGUGAAUAUCGUCUUGGAGUAUAAGUCACUAUAAUGUUAAUCAUGUCUGUCUUUGUGUUGUCACCCAUGACAACCAGGGUUGUAUACAAGACACACCAUGAGACAUAUUUAUUAACAUCACCAGAUUGCUUUCGGCAUAGUUUUACGGUAGUCCAUUAUCUAUCUAUGUGACACUUUUCGGACACACCCACAAAAGUAGUGUAAAUAUCUUCACAGGUGUUUCACUUCAAAUUAUCCAGAUAAAAUGUACUCUGAACACAGUACCAGAAUAUUUGGCAAAAGCUGCUGUUCUGAAUGCACUCUUGGGUUGAAAACGUAUGUUUCUUAACUGUCAUGUCAUCAGUCUCAAUCCAAUCUAAGAAUGUGUGUGUCUCCCCUGUGAUGUCAUCAGAAUGUGUCUCUCUCUCCCCUCUCUUGUUGUGCUGUGGCUUUUCAGCUCUGGAGUGAGGAGGUGGACAAAGUGAGUAUGACAUGUUUGGACACCAUCCUCACGUACUGUCUAAAUAAAUUAUUUAUUUACUUUUUAUCUUUGUUUCUAGAUAGUGUCUCUUUCCACAAGUUAUCACCCCCAGAGUUCACACAGGUGGACACAAAAACAAAACAGCUGAUAAAGGACAAUGGGGUGAUGUAAUAUUACAUGUAGGUGUUACCGCCACACCAGCGGUCACGAGUCAUGAAGGCAGUCAAAUUGAACGUGACCGUUUGGUCACGGUAAUUAGGCUUCUCCAAGCUCUGAUGCUGCUGAUCGUCAUUAGUAGCAUAACAAACUUGAUAACUGGCUGUUACUCAGCACUCUGUUGUCCCUCUAAUCACUCUGACAUCAAUGCAAAUGUAAUCGAAAUUCUAAUGAAACGCUUCAUGAGAGCCCAUGAGUUCAUGUUGCGCAACAUUUCUAUAGUCUAUGCAAUUGCACGAGAUCCCAUCAGCUUUCUAUAGGCUAGGCCUACUAUAUUUAUUUCUCAACUUUCCUAAUAUUAAGCACAUUGCUUAUCUUUACAACAGGAGUAUAGCCUACCUGGCUGGCAUGAAAAUGAACCAUGGGAAAAUCGUCCUCCAUUUGCUAUUUAAGUGCAUAGAUUACAUGUAUUUUUUCCCACUGCCCCUGUUUCGAGACGGGUGCAUGAUAAUAUAAUAAUAUAAUAUGCCAUUUAGCAGACGCUUUUAACCAAAGCAACUUACAGUCAUGUGUGCAUACAUUUUCAUGUAUGGGUGGUCCCUGGGUUCGAACCCACUACCCUGGCGUUACAAGUGCCAUGCUCUACCAAUUGAGCUACAGAGGUCCAUUCUAAAUGAAAACAAAUUUCACACAUAUAUUAUUUAGAUUAAAUCAAGAAUAGUCUGAUGGGUGACAAUAUUAGCCUAUCACUUAUGAAUGAUAUAUUAUCAUUUGUGAAUGAUGCCCAGCACAAGGCAAGAAACAAUGCCUUUUAUUGCAACUUUUUAAAAUCAUAGUCGCACACCUCAUGUAGCCUAGCCCAUAGGCCUAUAUGUUUUAAUAAGGAUUGUAUCACAACUAAAGCGGCCAAAUAACUUCUUAAAAUUAAGCACAUUAAUCCGCUUUACAGGGGUGUUAAGCCUAACUGGCAUACAUAAACUCCAGAGUGGUCUAAGGCACUGCAUCUCGGUGCUUGAGGCGUCACUACAGACCCCCUGGUUCGAUUCCAGGCUGUAUCACAACCGGCCGUGAUUGGGAGUCCCAUAUGGCGGCGCACAAUUGGCCCAGCAUCGUCCGGGUUUGGCCGGUGUAGACCGUCAUUGUAAAUAAGAAUUUGUUCUUAACUGACUUGCCUAGUUAAAUAAAGGUAAAAUAAAAUAACAUAAAUAAAAAUAAGCAGCGUGUGAGUUUCAAGUUUAGGGAAGAUAAUUUCCACCAUAAAAAUGCACCUGUGCGCUUUGCUGCACUUAUAAUGUGAAGAAAUAGCCUAAUAGUUUAUCAACAUUUAAAGCUAAACAUUCUGAUCUGUUGUGUCAGCCACAUUGCGUAAAAAUUAAUUUGGGAUCUAUCGCAUCCCACAACUGUCCCAGACUAUGUUUGGAAUAUUUAUUUCUCGCAUAGAAUAGGUCAACUUUUGUACUAUGGGGGAUAGUAGAUUGACAUAGGCUAGUGCUUUUGCUGUUCGUUAGGCCUACUCAUCUUGUUGGCUGACGAAAAGUAAAUGUGGACAGUUCUUCCAAUAUCUUCAAUAUGCACCUUGGAAUUGGAUAAGGACAUGCGCAGUUGCGUCCCCGAUGUGUCUGUCUUCACUUGUAGCCUGUGAGAAAGACCCGAUCACGUGAUGGAGAGCCAUGUGAAUGAGAGGUGCUUCGGAGUUCGCAGCACUCCGGGCCAAGGGCACAACGGCCACUGGCCGCAAAAGGCAUGGAUUUUGUUUAGGGUGCAUUACGGCCACACAAAGGGGAUGCCGCCGUGAAAUUCAAGGCAUUAUCAAGUGCUUGUCAAAUUCUGAACGAGAGACUGAUAAAGUGUGUACAGCCUGCGCAAAAAAACUGCAGAGCUCAUGCCUUUCAAGCAACUUUUUUCAAAUCAUCAUUAGAGUUGCCUAAUUUAUAAAAAAUCUAAACAUAUAGCCCAACGUUUGUAGAACACCUGAAGUUACAUAAAUAACUUUAAGCAUAAAGGAAUACCUAUUUCUUUGUUAACCGCUCAACACAAGAAUAGCCACAUGUGCGCACUCAAGUCAUUUGGAGAAAAUAUCAUUUAUAUUUUAUUCAGCUUUGUUCAAUUGUAUUCUACAUACUAUAAAAUAAUGCAAAUCUUGUCUGCUAAAUAAACCAGUGUAGCCCACAGUCAUUUGGCAUAGCCAGAUCAGGACCUAACAUAAGGACAACUCAUAGUAUGCUAUUUUGUUCUUCUGAAAUAGACUACAUUUUCUUCAUAUCUUGCUUCUUUAGACAUGUAUAAAAUAAAUAAUGGAUUUAUUGUGAAGGUGUAGGCUAUUGAGGGAAAAACGUUUUUGAUCCCCUGCUGAUUUUGUACGUUUGCCCACUGACAAAGAAAUGAUCAGUCUAUAAUUUUAAUGGUAGGUUUAUUUGAACAGUGAGAGACAGAAUAACAACAAAACAUCUAGAAAGACUCAUGUCAAAAAUGUUAUAAAUAGUUUUGCAUUUUAAUUAGGGAAAUAAGUAUUUGACCCCCUCUCAAUCAGAAAGAUUUCUGGCUCCCAGGUGUCUUUUUAUACAGGUAACGAGCUGAGAUUAGGAGCACACUCUUAAAGGGAGUGCUCCUAAUCUCAGUUUGUUACCUGUAUAAAAGACACCUGUCCACAGAAGCAAUCAAUCAAUCAGAUUCCAAACUCUCCACCAGGCCAACACCAAAGAGCUCUCCAAGGAUAUCAGGGACAAGAUUGUAGACCUACACAAGGCUGGAAUGGGCUACAAGACCAUCACCAAGCAGCUUGGUGAGAAGGUGACAACAGUUGGUGCGAUUAUUCGCAAAUGGAAGAAACACAAAAUAACUGUAAAUCUCCCUCGGCCUGGGGCUCCAUGCAAGAUCUCACCUCAUGGAGUUGCAAUGAUCAUGAGAACGGUGAGGAAUCAGCCCAGAACUACACGGGAGGAUCUUGUCAAUGAUCUAAAGGCAGCUGGGACCAUAGUCACCAAGAAAACAAUUGGGAACACACUACGCCGUGAAGGACUGAAAUCCUGCAGCGCCUGCAAGGUCCCCCUGCUCAAGAAAGCACAUAUACAGGCCCGUCUGAAGUUUGCCAAUGAACAUCUGAAUGAUUUAGAGGAGAACUGGAUGACAGUGUUGUGGUCAGAUGAGACCAAAAUCGAGCUCUUUGGCAUCAACUCAACUCGCCGUGUUUGGAGGAGGAAUGCUGCCUAUGACCCCAAGAAAACCAUCCCCACCGUCAAACAUGGAGGUAGAAACAUUAUGCUUUGGGGGUGUUUUUCUGCUAAGGGGACAGGACAACUUCACCGCAUCAAAGGGACGAUGGACGGGGCCAUGUACCAUUAAAUCUUGGGUGAGAACCUCCUUCCCUCAGCCAGGGCAUUGAAAAUGGGUCGUGGAUGGGUAUUCCAGCAUGACAAUGACCCAAAACACACGGCCUAGGCAACAUAGGAGUGGCUCAAUAAGAAGCACAUUAAGGUCCUGGAGUGGCCUAGCCAGUCUCCAGACCUUAAUCCCAUAGAAAAUCUGUGGAGGGAGCUGAAGGUUCGAGUUGCCAAACGUCAGCCUCGAAACCUUAAUGACUUGGAGAAGAUCUGCAAAGAGGAGUGGAACAAAAUCCCUCCUGAGAUGUGUGCAAACCUGGUGGCCAACUACAAGAAAUGUCUGACCUCUGUGAUUGCCAACAAGGGUUUUGCCACCAAGUACUAAGUAAUGUUUUGCAGAGGGGUCAAAUACUUAUUUCCCUCAUUAAAAUGCAAAUCAAUUUAUAACAUUUUUGACAUGCGUUUUUCUGGAUUUUUUUGUUGUUAUUCUGUCUCUCACUGUUCAAAUAAACCUACCAUUAAAAUUAUAGACUGAUCAUGUCUUUGUCAGUGGGCAAACGUACAAAAUCAGCAGGCGAUCAAAUACUUUUUUCCCUCACUGUAACAUGGAUUUAUUAUACUUUUUAAAAUGUAGAUGUUUCAAAGGUCUGCAUCAGUGGCUUGUAGGCUAUGUGUGGAAGCCAGGAGAUGCUAAAUGUGUUUAUGUUAAUUAACGUCAAUUACGGUGAGACCGACAGUUAUUUGCUCGACAAUCACCGGCUGACGAAAUUUCGUAACCGCCACAGCCAUAAUUACAUGAUAUCUCGUUCUGUGUUUUUGUUGUUCUGUAGGCAGCGCAUGAACUUCGAGUGGCCCAGACAGAGUUUGACAGACAGGCAGAGGUCACACGGCUCCUGCUGGAGGGCAUCAGCAGUACACACGUGAGUCAUGAUGUCACACAUGUGGAGUGGACAAACAUGACCACUACACAAAACCAUUCUCUUUAGCAUAUGCACUGUUUACCAUGUAUUAUGCUGUUUUAACAUGGUGGUCACAGGGUAUGUUGAGGUUGUCUUGUCUGUGUUUUGGAUAUGUUGUCUGUAGGUGAACCACCUGCGCUGCCUGCAUGAGUUUGUGGAGGCGCAGACAGCCUAUUACAAGCAGUGUUACCUGCACAUGCAAGACCUGCAGAAAGAGCUGGGCAGGUGAGGACUGGCUCUGGGUAGAUGCAGAGCAUUUAUAUUGGGCACACUUAGCUGGGGUGUCUAUGGCUGGCUUUCAUUUGCUGCAAGCUGUUUAUCAAUGACCGUCUCCACUGUUAUCUCUUAUGCUUUCAGUUCCAAUGGAGAUGUGUAAGUAACAUUUGAUGACGAUUACAGUUGAAGUCACCUUUACUCAACAUAUUUAUGUUCACCGUUUUUCUAAAUCAAACAUGAAGUCUUAUUAUUCCUUAGGGAAUGUGCUGUGUACCUUACGACUGUCUUCUCUCCCUAAACCUCUGCAGGUUUCCCAACGCGUUUGCUGGUAACCCGGGCCUCUCCAUGGCCUCCGGUGGCUCCUCUCCCCAGGGGAAUGCCACCCUACCCCUGGACACUGCCAGCGCUGUGGAGACAGACACACUGAAAAUCGAAGAGGUACAGGCUCCUGCCACGGGCACACGCAAGGCCAAGGUCCUGUACGACUACGACGCUGCCGACACCAGUGAGCUCUCCCUACUGGCUGACGAGGUGAGCACACAAUCCUUUCUUUCUGCACACCAGUGAUUAGUUUAAUCAGGUGUGUCCGUGAAAGGCUAGAAUAUGUGGACUGGUUGCUGGCUCAUGUACAGUUGCAUUGUAUUAACACUGCUGAAGCACUAUUAAUACACUACUGUAUGUUAUUUUGUCUUUUCCCAGCUAAUCACAGUUUACACAGUGCCAGGCAUGGACUCUGACUGGCUUGUUGGAGAGAGAGGGAACCAGAAAGGGAAAGUGCCUGUCACAUACCUGGAGCUGCUCAGCUAAAGAAACUACACUCAAAGAAAUACAUGGACAGACAGACACACACACAAACACACACACACAAAAUUGCACUCACAUGCCUUCAAACAUGCAGACAUCGACAAAUUCAAACAAGCAAACACACCCACUGUACAUUCUUUACGCACGAGGACUGCAUGAAAUCAUUGGUGAUUAUGAAGCCAAAUGCACUACAUUGAAUAUGGAUGAAUGGUUACCAUGACAACUUGGCAGAAAAUUCUGAAGUGUAAGACGUUUACAGAUUAUCUUAAUUUCACCCUGCUUCUCACCGCAGGAAAAUUAUCCUGCAGCAACAAGAAAUGUAAAUGAUUAUGUGGAUUAUAGUUAAGGGACAUUUUUGUAGGGGCUGAUAAAUUUUUUCAAUAGGGCAAAUCAAGUCUGGCAUUUUAAAAUGGAAAUUACAAACUUUAGAAGCCUUUUAAACCUUGAAUACACUACAAUUUGCAUUUCCUGCUGCGCUGGAAAAUUCUCUGCGACAACAGAGUGGUCAAAUUAAGAUAGCAGAUCAGUACAUACUGAAAUCCCCUGUAUUAUUCAGACUUUUUGAUUUUAUUUUAGGUGACCUAAAGCAGGUGUGAAGCUUCUUACUAGCGUCAUAGCCUACCCACUCAGUAGCACCUGUUUAAACUAUAUGCACCAAUGCAUGCACCAAUGCACCAAUCUUUUCCAUUCCAAAUACUAUUAGGGUACUGUACGUCUAAAACAUAUUCCAUACACCCUGUGCACCUCUGGUUAGUCCACAUUCCUAUGGCAUUUCCCUGCACAGCUCUACCACUACCUGGCACUGAAACAUUUCAUGGCCGUAUGCCCUGCUUAG